AAACCACAGAAGAAGAGCUGACGUCAAAAGAGGCAGAAGAAGAAACAGUGGCCUUAGCAAUGGCGGUAUUUUGGCUGCAAAAAUAAACAAUACAGCUUGCAAUUGAUACUGCCGUGAGAAUACCUAUAUCUCAAGUGGUAUAGCUUGUCGUCAGAGAUCUAUCUGUAGCAAAACAGAUAAUAUCGUCCUCUAUUUUCGAGCCAUUUGAAGCUGCACAUCCCUGUGUUGUUGGUGCAGAGAGCAGCCAUCAUCUCAUUGUUGAGGAAACAUAUCUGCAUUAUUUUCUUCUUAUCCUGGCGUCGUUUUCAAACCCUUAGCGAUGCCACUGGGUUUGAAACCAUGCUGUGCUGUCUGCAAGACAAACUCUUCGUCCAUGUGGAAGAAAGGAAACCAGGGGGAGAUCCUCUGUAACAACUGCACAGGAAAGAGCAGCGGCGGCGGGGUGUCCGGACCCUCCAUGUCCUCCAACAUUCUGCCCAGCAAUGGCGGGGGAAAGCAGUCCAAGCAGGAGAUCCACAGGCGGUCGGCACGACUGAGAAGCACCAAGUACAAAGCUCCUGCCUCUGAGAAGAAGGUGUCAACUAAAGGAAAGGGAAGAAGGCACAUAUUCAAACUAAAAAAUCCAAUCAAAGCACCAGAAUCUGUUGCUACAAUCAUCACGUCAGAAUCAGUAUUUUAUAAGGGUGUUUACUACCAGACAGGAGAUGUGAUUAAGGUAACGGACGAGGAAGACGGGAAGCCGUACUAUGCUCAGAUCCGUGGCUUCGUGCAGGACCAAUACUGUGAAAAGAGCGCUGCACUGACCUGGUUAAUCCCCACACAGGCCAGCCCAAAGGACCAGUUUGAGCCUGGGACAUACAUUGUUGGUCCAGAGGAGGAUCUGCCCAGAAAGAUGGAGUACCUCGACUUCGUUUGUCACGCCCCCUCUGAAUACUUUAAGUCACGGAGCUCUCCGUUCCCCACCAUCCCGAACCGACCAGAAAAAGGCUACAUCUGGACCCACAUAGGACCCACCGCAGCGCUCACUGCCAAAGAGUCCGUCAGUGGCAGCAGUUAACACGACUGUGAUAUGGACUCAGUCUGUUGCUUUAAACAGACGUUUGUACAUUUAUGUAAUAUAAGGAAAUUAACAAUGGUUAACUACAGCCAUUACUUCAGAUUGAAGGCGACUUGUAAGUUGAUACAAAGGAUACCAUAUGUUACUAGAUAACAAGAAAGUUGUUUACAUACUACUUUUGUAUAUAGUUAUAAAAAAGCUCUUUUCCACAA